AUGCUACCAAUCAACUUUGUAGUCUAUGACAACAUCAAUAUGAUGUUGCACGUUGCAGAGCAAGCUGUAGGCAGGAAUGAUUCACAGGAAAAUGAAACAUGUGCCACUGUUUGGCCUCUUUGGAAUGCCUCAGAAGAUGAUAUGAAACUUACUGACUUUGAAAAAUUGUUCAAUAACGCAAGACAAUUAUCAUUCAAAGAUGUCAUCCUCAACCAAUCAGAAAGGACACAUUUCCGACGGUGUCUAAUCCAUUGUGUCCUUCACAUAAUUGUGCUUCACGGUGGUGAGCACUUCCAUCAGUUUCGCCGACAACUUGAAGACUCACAGCCAAUGACCUAUAAUAAAAUUGAGGUGCACAAAACAUCGCUUCACCCUUUUCCAGCGAUGAACAUUGAUGAAUCCACUAUUGUUGGCAAUGGUGAGGUCGUUGAGGCAAUCAUGUCCGAACUAAGGAUUGAGCCUAAGGAUCCCAUUCACAAUAGCAAAGUCAAGAUCUUUGCAGGCGACCAAUUAUCUAUUGCACGCUUAUGGACACUUGCAAACAUUCGAGCUGGUCAAGAAGGAGGCUUUGCAAGUUUUGGUUGGGGCGGUAAGCCAAAUUCUGGCACAAGAAAUCCCGAAUCUCUAUGGUUCCAUAACACUCGUGUCCACUACCAUCCCAUAACACUCACCUCUUUGGAUUUGGUAUUUGUGUCUUUAUAUGCAUGUGUUCUACAUUGCCUACUCCUGGUCAGUUCAGUAACCUCACUCGAAGAUUGUUCCAAGGCCAUUACAUCAUGGGAGACGCUCAAGGUUCAUGCAGGAACAAUUGUGGACAAGUAUACUGAUAAUGAGCUGGUUGCAGUUUUGCGAGAGCAACAAGAACAUGCCCAGGGCAACAACAUACGAGCAGGUGAUAUGGUAUUUGAAAAUGCUGUGCUUUUCUUUAACUGGCUGGUGAAUCCAACAGGGAAACAGAAUAGCUUCGUUGAAGUGGACCUGAUGCAAGAGCAUAUGGACUAUUGGAUAAAGAACUUUUACCGAGCCCAUGGCAGCUCUGCAUCAUGGGAGUGGUUAGAAAUGGUGGCACCAUGUGUUAAUAUCCUUCAGCAUCUGUCACAAACAAUGAGUUCACUCCUUGGAACAAAACAAGGACUAACACAUGAGCCGUUGGACUUAACUAGAGACAUCCCAGUACUCAUGUCAAGUCUCAUGGACCAUGAAGUAUAUUCCAUCAAACAUGGACGACAGCUUGAUGAGGGUGAUUUACCAGUGCCGGAUGUCAUAACCAUUGGUCUUCAGCAACUCACAGACGCAACAAACAACCCAAUUGAGGAGUACAAUAAAGUCAUUAAAAGACUUCAGGCUCGUCGGCAAUUACAGCCAGUCAUAGGACCUGGAAGCGCACAGCCUAUGUCUGCACAAGUUGCGGAUACUGAAGCAACAACGACACCAGUUAUGAAUGACUUACCAGGAGAAUCCAGUACAGUGGUUACCGAGGGAAUUGCAGGAGAUGAGGACACAGAUAUGGAGGAAGAGGAGGAAGAGGAGGAAGAGGGAGAUUUUGAGCACUCAGCCAGGGAAGAUGAGAGAGAAGAGACACUCACACUUGAAGGGCCAGAGGAUAUUUUGCUUGAUAUGGAUACAGAGGAUAUGGGUGGUGUCAACAUGUAUGAGGAAAGCGAAGAAGAAAAUGAGACAGAUAUUGAUAAUGACACAGAUACCAGUUCCAGUGAUUGUGAAAUGUAA